AUGUCCGCCGAGCAGGAGCACCACGCUCCGGGCGGCCAUUAUUCAGGUCGUAACCGGAUCCCGAAUAUCCACGAAUUCGUCGCAAGUCUCGAUCGAGACAAGAAAAACAGAGAUGCGCAGAUUGAUACCACGCAAAAACCCAAUGGCUCAAAUGUUCUACCGCACCAGGCAGAAAAGCGCCGGAGAGGCAAAGUAGUCACUGACCCAGUCACGGGCAACGAAGUCGAGAUUGCAGAUGCCGACCUCGAUUUCGAAGAGGCUGUAGAGAAUCCCAAACUCUCUGUGCCCAAUGCCAAUCUUGGCAAGGAAACGCCUGUGAAAACCGAAGCGACACAGUCCGGAGAGGAGUACAGAUACAACCAAGAUGUGACAGCACCGCCAGACCCAGUUACCAAUGGUUCCACAUCAGAUGUCCCCAUUCGUGGUGAGAAGACCAACAUUUUGUUCCACCCUACUCCGUCUGUCAGCUAUGAGCCCAUGUUCGAUAUCAUUGAGCAGAGAACUACCAUCUUGUGUGCUGGUAUAUUUUUCGCUAUUGUGCUUGUCGGAAAGCUUUUUGGCGGUAGACUGCUCGGCUUGAUUCCUCUCGCCAUCUGUGUAGCUUCUGGAGUUUUCCUGUGGAUGAAAGAUCUCCUCCGCCAAGGAAGAGAUAUCGAAUGGUCUAGUGAACAGAAGCGUGGUGAAACUGCCACUGCCAACCUGAUCCCCGAAUCUGUCGAAUGGAUGAACACACUACUUGGAAUCGUCUGGGGUCUUGUGAAUCCGGAGAUGUUUGCUGCUGUUGCCGACACCCUGGAAGAUGUCAUGCAGGCCUCGGUACCCGGCAUUAUUGAGAAUGUGAAGGUGGCCGACAUCUCCCAGGGCAACAACCCGAUUCGUAUUCUCAGCAUGCGAGCUCUUCCGGACGAUCACAUGAAAGACAUGAAAGAUGAGAUGCACAAUGAAAACGAGAAAAUCAAGGAUCCCCAGGAAUUGGCAGCCGAUGAGGAGGGUGGUGAUUACUACAACCUGGAGGUGUCUUUCGCAUAUCACGCUAAGCCGAGCACCGGAGGGGUCUCUGGCAAAGCCGCAAAUAUGGGCAUGCAGCUGAUCUUCUACCUUGGUGUCAAGGGGUUUUUUGGUGUCCCUCUCCCUAUUUGGGUCGAACUUAUUGGCUUGGUUGGUACCGUUCGGAUUCGAUUACAAAUGUCACCACAACCUCCUUUCCUGAAGGCUGUCACAUUCACUCUUAUGGGUGUGCCAAAGGUCCAGGCCGGAUGUACUCCUAUGAUUGAGCGUGGCGUCAACAUCCUGAAUCUGCCCGUAAUCUCAAACUUCGUCAACUGGGCUAUCAAGGCAGCAGCAGGCAUGUACGUGGCGCCCAAGAGCAUGACAUUGGAUUUGGGCAAGAUGCUCCAAGGCGAUGACAUCCAGAAGGAGACAGAAGCCCUUGGCAUCAUCUUCAUCCGCAUUCACAAAGCUGUUGGUCUUUCCAAGCAAGAUCGCCGUGGCUCCGAAGGCGGCGGCAGUGAUCCUUACAUCACUGUCAGCUUCUCGAAAUUUGGCAAGCCCAUGUAUUGUACCCGUGUUAUUCAAGACGACCUCAACCCUGUCUUUGAGGAAACCUGUGCGCUUAUGGUAACCGCUGAUCUCAUCAAAGCUGACGAGCAAUUGUCAAUGGAAUUGUGGGACAGUGAUCGGUCCAGCGCUGAUGACGUCGUCGGCAAGGUCGAGUUGUCUAUGCAGAAACUCAUUCAGCACCCCGGAAAGAUGUAUCAACAGGUUUCCAAGCUCAGAGGUGUCAAGGCUGACAGUGAGAUGCCCGGUGAGCUUCACUGGGAGGUUGGCUUCUUUGGCAAGACGCAGUUCCGUGCUGCUUUACGGACCGAUGGUAAAGACCUCACUCUGCCUCCAGAGCUUCGAAAUAAGAAGGAACUGCAAGACGACAAGGGUGCCAUUGACAACUCCGAGGAGGAUGCUGUCACCCAUACUCCACCGGAUCCUCUUUGGCCAUCUGGUAUUCUCUCUGUUGUCGUACACCAGAUCGUUAACCUCGAGCUUGAGAACAUGAAGGGCAGCGACGGUGGUAAGCGCAAAGGUGGAAAAGAGUACGAGCCAGCUCGUCCAGAAGCCGGCGAAAUCAAGGAGGAGGCCAGCAAGAGAUUGCCCAGUGCCUAUUGCACUAUCCUCCUGAACGAUGAGCUAGUCUACAAGACGAGGACCAAGGUCGUCUCUUCGAAGCCAAUCUACAAUGCCGGUACAGAGCGGUUUGUAAGAGACUGGAAAUCGGCUAUCGUGACUGUCAGUGUUCGCGAUUCGAGAAACAGGCAGCAUGACCCCAUCAUCGGUGUUGUGCCUCUGAAGCUCUCAGACAUACUCCAAACCUCAAGUCAGGCUACAAGAUGGUACCCGUUGGACGGCGGCGUUGGCUUCGGCCGUAUCCGUAUUUCUCUUCUGUUUAGAUCUGUCGAACUCAAACUACCUCCUCAGCAACUCGGCUGGGAUGUGGGGACAUUCGAAUUCACGUCCGAUACGAUCACCACUUCUUAUGUUGAUAAGAGCAAGCUUAAGUUGAAGAUGCGUACGGGAGGAAGUUCUGGAGUGGUCAAGCGCGAUCAAUGCACAGCCGAAGAUGGGCAGCUCGUAUGGAACAUUAGAGGAGGAGAGGAGAAACAUGCAGCCACUCCACGCUUGCCAGUGCGCUACCGCUACAGGUCGCCAAUAUUUUUCGAGUUUCACGCCAGCGGUAAGCGUCAUGCUGACUGCUUUGCGGCUCUCUGGUUGUUGGAGCUCAUUGACAACGAGGAGAAGGACUUCGAUCUCCCUGUCUGGCGCUGUGACAACGACCAGCGCCUCUCGCAGAACUAUAUCACGGAGCAGAACUAUCGCAGCAUUCCCGAUCUCAAUUUGGAAGAGGUUGGUCGACUCCGAUUCCGCGGUCGUUUUAAGGCAGGUACGGACCGUGACCACCUGCGAUUCGUCGCUGAUAACGAUUCCCGGGAAACAAUUGAGACUUGGGAGGCAUGCUUUGCUGAGGGUGUGCGUGAGGAAGUCGUGUCUAAAGAAGUUCCUCCUGUCAUCCAGCAAUUGCACGACCAAUCCUUGACUCAGGGUCGGGACGUCUUGGCUACCGCCAGCGAGGAGGACAAAAAGAAGUGGCUCGCCAAGGACGGUACCGACUGGACUGGUGCGUUCGGUCAAGACCCCGCCGAGAUUCUUAGCAGACGUAACACUGGCCAAAACGAUGACGAUGAUGAGGAGGACAUUUACGAGUCGGAUGAUGACACAGCCGAGAGCGCCAGCCAGCCGAACUCGCCCAACGUGCUUCGUCACCCAGGUACUGAUCUCGGUAUCGUGGAUGGUAGCAACGCGCCAGCAAACGAAGGUCGCCGCUCCGCAAACAAUGGUCGCCACAGUGUUGACAGCUCGUAUCCUCUUGCGAGUGUUGACACAAGCGACACCGGCAUGUCGCAGGCAACAAAUGGCACCGUCAACUCCCAGAGCAGCCAUAGUAGUAAGAAUCCGAUCAAGCAGUACAAGGACUACAAGUCGCGCAGUCGUGAUCUGCACCGCCAGCACAGAGGACUGAUGCAGUGGAAACCCAUGCGCAACAUAGCGUUUGCCAAGGAUGAGGCCAAGUUCGCGGUGAGAAAGAUGACCAAGAUGGGUUCGUUGAGCGGACGACAGCCUGAUGUCGAGACGGAGGUCUAA